UACCGCCUUCCAGCGGGGGAGAAGUCGCCGAGGGGCCGAAGGUUGAAAUUGGACGGGGUUCUUUACAGGUUUAUUUAAAAAGAAAAGAAAAAUUCAUAAUUCUCGUCGGACGAUGGCAAAUUAAUAAAUUUAAAGAAAAGAUUAUCCUAAAAUGACCUCACAAAGUAAUAAAGAAUCUGUCGUCAUGGCUGGGAGCCUUGUUUCUAAAGCUUUCAAUCACAAUGGAGUGUUGCAGACUGUUAUUAAACAAGAAGCUAUUGAAAAUUCCAAAAGUCAAUCAUCUCAGAAGCAGUCUGACAAAAAUGUAUCUGGGGGUACAAAUAAUGGUGAAGAAGAGCAACGUGUAGUGAAAAAACGGGGCUGGCCAAAAGGAAAGAAAAGGAAGAAAGUUUUACCCAAUGGUCCGAAAGCACCUGUAACUGGGUACGUCCGAUUUCUCAAUGAGCGUCGAGAGCAAAUUCGCAUGCAGCAUCCAGACUUGCCAUUCCCAGAAAUCACACGCAUGCUUGGAAAUGAAUGGAGCAAACUUCCUGCUUUAGAAAAGCAGCAUUAUUUGGACGAAGCGGAAAAGGACAAACAACAGUACCUGAAGGAACUUAAAGAAUUUCAGCAAACCGAGGCCUAUAAACUGAGUACAGAAAAAAUCCAGGAGAAGAAACUAAAGAAGGAAGAGCUGUGGCCAGGAGUUAAUGGUCCAGUCCCCAAGGCAGCUGAUGAUUCACCAGACAGAUUUUCCAUGUUUGACACCCCCAUUUUUACAGAGGAAUUCCUUGACCAGACCAAAGCUCGUGAAUCAGAAUUACGAAAAUUAAGAAAGUCAAAUGUGGAAUUUGAAGAGCAGAAUGUUAUCUUACAAAAACACAUAGAGACUAUGAAUAAUGCCAAAGAGAAACUCGAGCAGGAGUUGGCAUUGGAAGAGAGGCAAACACUGACCUUGCAGCAUCAGCUCCAGGCAGUACGCCAGGCCCUUACCACCAGCUUUGCUUCAAUUCCCAUUCCAGGUACUGGAGAAACUCCAACAGAAGGAACACUUGAUACAUACAUGGCUAAACUCCAUAAUAUCAUUGGGAGCAGUCCCAUAGAAUAUGAAAAACUCGUUGGAAGGGUGCAGGAGAUCAUCAGCCAGCUGGAUAGUGAUAAGUUAUGAAGAUGGAAAGAAAUGUUUGUAAAAAUGCAAAAUAACCAUAUCCAUGGUAUUCCACCAGAGACUGCAACUUGUUGGAUUUUUAAAAUAGCUAGUUUCCACCAUAGACUGUUGGUAAAUUAUGCAAAAUAUUAACAUUUUAAGUAUGCUUAUGACUAUUGCACGUAUGUAGUGUACUGGUUUUAAUAAUCCUAAGA